AUGAAAGGGGCUGUGUCGAUGUUAUCUUUAAUUCCAAGGGAUAUUGCGAAGGCUACAAUGAGACUAGAAAUAACUUUGAUUGUUGAGGAAACCGAAUCUUUGCAAUCUUCUAUGCCCUUAAAAGCUUCAGAAUUUGUUAAACUUUAUCUAUCAUCUCUAUCGGCGUCGAAUAUACGAUUUUCUCUCAACAAUCGUCAAAUUUCUCCGAGUCGUUCGAUCUCUGUAAUUCCGAGGCGUAAUAAUAGUAAUCAAGCAUCAAAAAAGCAGUUGGAUAAACCAAGGAGGAUGUGUAUGUGUUCUCCUACUUCGCAUCCAGAUUAUGUAGGCAAGGUGUUCGAUGAAAUGCUAGUAGACGAUUUUUGGUAUGAACUAAAAGCCAUCAGAUGGUAUCCUGUUUCUGUUGACCCACCUUUGACCGGACUUCCAUGGUUAGUGCCAGAUAAUACAUGUUCUCUUGAACUUCAUGGAUUUGCUAGAAACAGAUUAUGGAGUGUUGACAAUGACUCCCCUCCCUUCCCCACUAAUCCCACAAAUAAUGUUUUCAUUGACUUGAUCUUCAAGUCCACUGAAGAUGAUUUGAAGACAUGGCCUCACAAGUGA